AUACUUUUUGUACUUUGGUAGAAGUUUCCCUUUAAUUUCUUCAUUCGCACUUCACUUCUCACCAUUGCAUUUCGCUCAGAAAAACCAGAAGAAGUAGAAGAAGAAGAAAGGAGCCAUGGAUGUUUCCAGCUUAAAAGCUCGGUACCUUGACUCUUGCAAAAAACACGAGGUGCAACCCAAUUCAGCAAUUCUAUCAUGGUUUUCUCAGGCCAAAAUUCAGAAUUCGAACAAUGAAAAGUGUAGCAUAGCGAUUUCCUUAGACCAGCUAAGGGAUGCCGAUAUAUUGCCUCUAACCAACCUACUUAUGUCAAGUAACUCUGCUGACAUUGAUGCCGUUGACAUAUUUCUGAAAUCCAAUAGUGACUUGGGCAAAGCAAAUGUUAAGGCCUUGAUAAAUGUAGUCAAUCUAAAGCUUCGAGUCGUCGAUCUCCAGGAUUUGGCAUUGGGGAAUGAUUUUCUGUGGGAUCUCUUACAGGGUUGCUUGGCUUGCCAAGUCUUCAACUUGAGGUCUAUUAAUAUCCAGAAACUCAACAUGGUUGGAAGCUUUUUGCGGCUGCAUACGCUCAGUAUGGACUUUUGUACUUCACUUGCUAGUUUGCAGAAGGACUGUUUUUCUGGCAUGCCUAAUUUGAUGCGUCUCUCAAUGUGCGAGACAAGAAUUGCUAAUCUCAUGGCAACAACUGGUGCUCUAUCAAAACUUCCAUCUUUGGUGGAAUUACGGUUCCAAAGUUGUUUGUGCUGCAAGGACACUGGGGCAUGUUCUAAUUUACAAGGACAACACAACUUACAGAGUGAGGUUCAAGAAAAAGACGAGUUCCUUGUAAGUGUGUGUAAGCUAGACCUGAAGAAUGCGGCUAUCACAUUAAAGUAUAUAACUCAUUGUCGCUCGCCCAUAUGCUUUGAGAAAUAUUACCGGGAGUACAUGAUUUCAAUGCUCCCUGGUUUGGAAGUUUUGGAUAAUUUUCCUAUCAGAAAGACUGAAAGGGAAUUGGCCAUGACAACUGCAGGUAAAUACUAUGAAUACUUACCUUACAAGAGACAUCACAAAGAAAGUGUUGUUAGCGUUUUGCAUAAGCGUGAAAUGGGAACAAAUGGUAUACACUACCAAAGACCAUUCAAGCCAAAACAGCUGCAUCCUUAUCGAAAUGGCCAGAAUUUUUUCUUGAGGUCCCUUUGUGCUGCCAAAAUCGGGUCUUCAAUGUGGCCACUCUUACAUCCGCUGUCUAAGUUUAGCCACUCAUUUAAAGCCGAAAAUAAGAAGCCUCGUCCAAGGCAGUUUGAGUAUCAUCCAUCAAACCCCAGUCUUAUGGUUUUCGGAAGCCUGGAUGGUGAAGUAGUUGUUCUCAACCAUGAAAACGAGAAAAUAGUUGGUUAUAUCCCAUCCGUAGGAAGAGCAAUGAGCAGUGUCUUGGGGCUUUGUUGGCUCAACAAAAAUCCAUCAAAGCUUGUUGCUGGUUCAGAUAACGGUUCCUUGAAGUUGUUUGACAUCAAUUACAUGUCACGAGAAGUUUCAGGCUCCUUCUGCAGCUCCAGUGCUGCAACUUUUGACGAUUUUGAGCAGUUGAUUUCUCUUCAUGUAAAUUCAACUGAUGACCGGCUUCUUGCUAGUAGUUACUCUAAAGGUCUUGCUCUAUAUGACCUAGCAAGUGGAAAGCGUUUACAGUUGUUCACUAAUAUUCACCAAGAACCAAUCAAUGUUUCCAAAUUUUCCCACCAUUCCCCUUAUAUGUUUGCUACUUCAUCAUUUGACCAUGAUGUGAAGAUGUGGGAUUUGAGACAGAAUCCAAUGCGGCCUUGCUAUACAGCUUCAAGCUCAAGAGGAAACGUGAUGGUUUGCUUUUCUCCCGAUGACCUUUAUUUGCUUGUUUCAGCUGUUGACAAUGAGGUUAAGCAACUUUUGGCGGUAGAUGGGAGGGUUCACAUGAAUUUUGAAAUAGCUGCCACGGGAAGUUCUCAUAAUUAUACUCGUUCAUAUUACAUGAAUGGAAGGGACUAUAUUAUCAGCGGGAGUUGUGAUGAGAAUAUAGUUCGCAUUUGCUGUGCUCAAACUGGAAAGCGACUGAGGGAUGUCCAUUUGGAGGAUACAGAGUCAGGAAAUUCAAUAUUUGUGCAGUCCUUACGGGGUGAUCCUUUCAGGCAUUUUCACAUGAGUAUAUUAGCAACCUCGACACGUCCAAGCUCUAAGUGGGAGAUUAUCAAGGUAAUGCUAAUGUGCCAUCAUCAUUUGUGUUGUUUGAAGGUUUUAAAGGGGAUGGCUAAAAUUGCGUUGGAUUUUACGCAGGUCAAUUUACUUAGAUCAAGUUGCUACUCAGAAGAGAAUUCCUCUGGCCAAUGUUUUAACCCUUCCUGCUGUCUCGGAGGUUGAUAUAUAUUUCUGUGCUUGACUUCUUCUCCUCGAAAUUAAGCGCCAUAACUUAAGUAGCUCCAAGACUACUUCGGUGCCUCCCAGAGCAAUGAUAAGGGCAACGUACGCCGUUUUCCACUCCUUAGGCGGCUCUGAGAUGUUGAAUCCUUUCAUUAUGUUGAUGACACUCAUGAUGAUUGUGGCGUAUCCUACCGCAUAGUGAAACAAAUCCAGAAGACCCCCUUCUCUUAUCUGUCUUCUUCGGCCUCAAAGAAAAAGCUACCGCCAAUUGAAUACAAGCAAGAACAAACAGUGUUAUGCCUAUGCAUCUAUGGCCCUUAUAUUCAAUCACUGGAGACAUGGCACCGAGAAAGAUACCAGUUCCCCGCCCGUGCCCUGCCAACAAAGCCCAGCAUUUGGAAUCCUCUGUGAACAUUGAACCAUGUCGGGUCAGCCCCUUUGAUAUUUUUGAGAUGCCUAGCCACAAUCGCCACGAUAGCCCCGAUAGGCAUAAGUAUGCCCCAGCUGAUGGUUUUGACAAUACCAAAAGCAUACUUCAUGGUUGUUCUCAUAUACAGCAGAUACGUCAUACAACGGGAGGCUGAGAUUUCCUUGUUACAACCGAGUCCCGUAGCUGUUGAUUCUUGAAGAAUAUACAGACAUAGUUCCAUCUGUUCUUUUGAAAGCAAUGAUGGAAUUGUGAACCGACCAUGCAACCCAUCUCGAGUCACCACAGUUUGUGUAAAGGCAACGCUGUAAUUUUACAGCAAAUAGCUACUAGACUCACUGCUGUUAUUUCUUCCCGUGCAUUUUCAUGUAAGAAGCUAAGAGACUGAGGAGUAACUUUGCCUGCAAGGAAACCGAAACUUUGGUAAGCCCU